AUGGGAAAUGAAACCUUUUCCCCGUUGGCCCUACAGAAAUAUGGUGAAAGGGAGGAAAAGGCAGAUAGCGCCAACUCACGUUGCCCUUUAAUGGCGCACGCUCUGAGAGUUCACUUUCCCUUUAAUACCCCAAUGUCGGUGCGCGCCCUUACUCUACUCGGCGCGCCCCAAACUUCAGCGUCGACUCGCCACACUGAGAAGGUUUUGCAUAUUGGCCUCCAACUUGGACGGUUUUGGGCCCUGAACCGUGGGAGGAGGUUGUGUGCUUUCCCCCUCAUACUCUUUGAGCUGCCCAACGACCCCUUCAUAAUCGCAAGGCGCCAUUCCGCGGCUGAGGGACCCUCUUUUGUCUCACGCGAGCUGUGGUCACUUUAA